CCACGCCCGCCACCUUGACCGCCCUGAUAACGGGAUCUCGAAGGGUAGAGGGCGAUAGUUUUUUGGAUAUAUUCUAAGGCUGGAAAGUCCGACUUUUUUUUUAUACAGGGCUAUCUUUUUUGUUCCACGAUGCAGAAAUCUCUAAAUUAUACACGAUAGUCUUCGUGGGGGAUAUUUCACGAGGGUGAAUGUUCGACUGUGGCUCAUCAAUGGAACACCCGACCAAGUUUUUGAAUAGUUCGACCAUACUCAUUUUUCUCUGUCUCAUCGCUUCUGUCUCAGAUAUCAUAGAGUCAAGAUUGUACUGUCGGCCUGAUCGCAUCCAAUUGUUAGGGUUGUGGUUUUCCGUCUACCCGUCAUUCAAAGUAAUGUUUGUGCGCCGCUCUAGAUUUUAUUUGAAUAUUGCGUGAAUGAUGA